ACAGAUGCGGCACAUCUACUGUCAGAUUUGGCCAGUUUUAUACUCAGCCUCUUCGCCAUAUGGAUCAGCCGUCGACAGCCCACCAAACAUAUGUCCUUUGGCUACCAUAGGGCUGAGGUGUUGGGCGCCGUCACCAGUAUUUUGAUGAUAUGGAUACUGACCGGUGUUCUCGUCUAUCUGGCCAUCGAGAGGGUCCGCACAAACGACUUCGAGAUCGACUCCAGUGCUAUGCUUAUAGUGUCCGGAGUGGGAGUUGUCAUGAAUAUAGUUAUGGCAAUUACUUUGUCGGACGUGUUUUGUUGCCGUAAACGAGCACAACAUGCGGACGAUCGCAGCCAACACAGUGGCCUCAGUCACGGCCACUCACACGCAAGCCAUGGCCACUCACACGUCAAUAUGAAUGUUAGAGCGGCACUAAUCCAUGUGAUCGGAGAUCUGAUCCAAAGUGUUGGCGUAUUAAUAGCGGCGCUUAUAAUCCAUUUGAGGCCCGAUUACAAGAUGGCUGAUCCCAUUUGUACCUUCAUUUUUAGCGUAUUAGUGAUGUUCACCACUUAUGGCAUUAUGAGGGACGCCGUGUAUGUCCUGAUGGAGGGCUUCCCCCGGCAUAUGGACUACACGGCCGUUAAGAAGGACCUGAUGGACAUCGACGGCGUCCACAGUGUCCACAGUUUGCACAUCUGGUCGCUGACAAUGAGUCGACAGACACUGUCAGUGCAUUUAGCGAUUGGCGCCGACGUCGAGACCGAACACGUGCUUAAGAAGGCCGAGAGUCUGAUCCGCAAGAAGUACGACAUCCAAGAGACCACUAUUCAAGUGGAGAGGUUUGAGGCGCGGACUAUGACCAGUUGCCCGACCUGUAGAGGGCCUCCCGAUUGCUAAUAAACUCGUUAUUUUGUGAUGCAUUUUAUUAUAUAAAUUGUUGGUUUUGUUCAUCGAUUUUCAUUCACUUCUAGUGAUUUUAUUAAGUGAUAAUUUAAUUGUAUUUCAAUAUUUAUUUUUU